AUGAGAUCUUCACCCCGCACUAUACUAAACCAUGUUGGUAGAACACUAAAAAUUCAUGUGACCCUGUGUUUGCUCCUUUUAUGUGUAAAUGUCCGCCUACAUAAGACAAACAGCGCCGGGACAGCGCACUCUGUCAGGAAGAACUUUUUUAUCUCCCCGAGUGGAACGCGGGGUAGUGUUACGAAGAAGAGGUUUGUUUUGAGAAGGGCGAACCAUGGGGAGGGGAGCUUAGCGGCCCACGGGGUUGCAGGUCCCCCGAGCGAAGCUGCGCCAAGCGUGGAGGGGAGGCAAAGUAUUGGUGAAGAUAGCCACGCUCGGAUCGGAGAGGAUAACCGCUUACACAGCGGAGGGGAUAAUUACUCACCUCACGUAAGCGACCAGUUCGCAGACGUGCCCGAAAUAAACCCAAACAUCGCCAAGUUCCUGGCCAGCAAGGGCAUAAAUCAGAUGACGAAAAUUCAGGCACAGAGUUUCAGGCCCAUUUACGAGGGGAGAGAUAUAAUAGGGCGCUCCGAAACGGGUUCAGGGAAAACCCUAGCCUUCGCUCUGCCCUUGGUGGAGAAGUUGUACAAAGUUAAAAUGGGGAGGAGCGGAGAAGGG